AUGGGCCGUAAAAUUGAUCUGACUGCGAGUUUACAAUACAGCGUAUGGCUUGACCUCGAAGGAGGCGUCGAAAAGACCAUAAAAAUCAUCCGUGAAACCGCCGCUGAAGGAGCCAAGAUUAUUGGUUUUCCGGAAGUCUUUAUUCCAGGCUAUCCAUGGACGCCAUGGGCGAAUAACUUCAUCGUUACUCAGGCCGUCCUGAAAGAGUACCAAGCGAACUCCAUGGCUCUUCACUCGAAAGAAAUGGAUCGAAUUCGGGAUGCUGUCAGAGAAGCAGGCGUGAACGUAGUCCUUGGAUUUUCUGAACGCGACGGAGGCUCCCUUUAUAUCGCUCAAGUUACUAUCACAGCGGACGGUAAUAUUGCCAACCAUCGUCGAAAAAUCAAGCCUACACACUACGAGAAGACCGUUUUCGGAGACGGAAGUGCCCAGUCACUCUAUAACGUAGUUCAGACACCAUACGGAAGGUUGGGCUCCUUGAAUUGCUGGGAGCAUAUCCAGCCCUGGUUGAAGACAGUUUUCUAUUCCCAGCAUCCUCAGAUUUUUGUCGGUGGAUGGUGGCCCGCAUUUGAGCCACAUGCUGGCGGUUCGCCCUACAUAGUCAGCGGACAAGCAUCUAGUCGGAUGAGCCAACUUGUGUCCAUGGAGGGUGGACUUUUUGGAAUCGUCUGCUGUCAAGUAGUCAGCGAAGCGGACGCCGAAAAGAUGAAGCUGCUUGGAUACCCAUGGUUCACAUUCCCAGGAGGUGGCUUCUCGGUGAUAUACGGCCCCGACGGAUCUACCUUGACCGAGCCUGUGAAUCCGGGGAAGGAGGUCAUUGUAUACGCCAAUAUUUCCCUUGACAUGAUCAAUGAAGUCAAACUCGUUGCAGAUAUCAUGGGGAACUAG